AUGCCCGUCAGAACAGGUAGUGAUCACAACAUGAUUCAGCCACCCAAUUUUGAUGCGAGCUCGAUGAAAAUAUUGGAGGAGCUCCAGGAAGGGAGGCAAUUAACGAAUACACAGCAUUUUCCAGCACGCACAUUAUAUAUAAAAUUGGCUCUUGAUUAUUCUUUCUUUAGGGACAAUUUAUUGAAAUUUCGUGCUCACCUGCAUGAAAUAAAAGUAUUCAUAAGAAUAAGCUUCGAUAUCAUGUAUAUUGUGUGCAAGAUGGAAAAGGAACUUCUAAGUCUAGUUUAUAGUAAUGGAAUAGUCGAUAUAUGCCUGCCGAGAUUUAUCUUAAGGGAGGAAUUGAAGAUUUUUGAAAGCUGCUUUUACACUCAUCAUGACAACCGCUUGCGUAUUCUCCAAGAGGAGUUUUCUCAGCUAUUUAAAAAAAUCAAAGUCAAAGCUUCCAUUCUUUGUUUUAGCAUUGAGGAGAUGUCCAUGACAAAUCAGGAAGCACUACCUCAAAGCUCGAGAUUAUUUGAACUUCUAAAAUGUAAUAACACAAUGCAGAGAGAAGAACUGCAACGGAGAGAUUUCAUACUCACCAAAGAGGUAAAGUUGAGCAAGACGCAAGUCACCUUCCUGAUUGGAAGUAGGGGAACAAGAAUAGAAACCUUGAGAAAAGAAUCAGGUGCCACCAUAAAAAUAAUACCAAUUAGCGAGAAAAUGACCAUGCAGGAAAGGUUUCAUCCUGAAACCGUCCAACAAACCAUACUAGUUUCGGGUGAUCUGUACUCAGUUGCACUAGCCAUUACCAAUAUUGAAUCCGCAUUGUUUGCUAUAGGACUAUAG